CUGGAUCCUGCUCUACAGUUCCCUCUCUCUCUCUCUUUCUCAUCCCCAAAAGUAGCUACUGGUACCUCUCUCUCUCUCUCCACUUUCCAUCUUGCUCUGAUAGUUAUUGCGCUCUCUCUCUCUCCUCCUGCCUUGGCAAUUAAUGCACCACCUCCGUUCUAAUUAUUAUCUUCCUUUACUCUCUCUCUCUCUCUCUCUCUCUCUGUAGGUGCGGGUUCUAAGCUCAACUUCCUGAUCCUCAACAGCGAAAUCGCCCAAGAACAGGCUGGUUUCAUUAUUGAUUCACUAUCCUUCAAUGAAUCUGCAUUUGACUAGGAUAAAGCAGACUUAUAUAUUUUAUGUUGAGGUGUAAAGUUCCUGUGGUUUGAUGCAUGAGAAUCUUCAGAGUUUCUAUGGCCUUUUGCUUGGUUGACCAUCUGACCAAAUUUAGGAAGCUUGUACAAGAUCUCUUCUAGCAAAAGGAGGAGCCUCAUAUCCCAUUUUUUAGUUGGAUGUUUUCUUUUUGGAGCUGAGCAAAUGGGUGCCUGUUGCUCCACUAGUAGUCGGAGUAGCUGUAGUAGCAGGAGCAAUGGGGAGACAAUUGCUCCAGCUUGUUUGGGGAUUGGAUUACAUGGGCGCAAAAGAACUAAGAAGACAUUCUCCGACCAUGUCAAUAUGUUGCAGCAUCUGCCUACCAUACCUAACCGGAUUUUCACUAAUGGAAAGAGCCGAACUUCUUGUAUAUUCACUCAGCAGGGAAGGAAGGGCAUAAACCAGGAUGCUAUGAUUGUGUGGGAAGAUUUCAUGUCUGAAGAUGUUACAUUUUGCGGAGUCUUUGAUGGUCAUGGUCCUCACGGCCAUCUUGUUGCUCGCAAAGUGAGGGAUGCCCUGCCAUUAAAGCUUCUAUCAUUUUUGCAUUCUUGUGAAUCCAAGCAAAAUGGAUCAGGUACUACUUGUUUCAAAAAGAAUUUGAAAUCUGAUGGUGGAAAUGUGGAGAAUGUUGGCUCUAAUGAAGAUAGAUUGGAUUCUUUAUGGAGAGAAGCUUUUUUAAAAUCAUACAAGGCUAUGGACAAAGAGCUGAGGUCCCAUCCGAACUUGGAUUGUUUUUGCAGUGGUAGCACUGCUGUCACUAUUGUGAAACAGGGGUCAAAUCUUUUCAUGGGAAAUAUUGGGGAUUCUCGAGCAAUCCUGGGAUCUAAGGACAGCAGUGAUUCUAUGAUGGCAACCCAGUUAACUGUUGAUCUAAAGCCGGAUUUGCCAAGGGAAGCUGAAAGGAUUAAACGCUGUAAAGGUAGGGUUUUUGCAUUGCAAGAUGAGCCUGAAGUGCCUAGAGUUUGGUUGCCAUUUGAUGAUGCACCUGGAUUAGCUAUGGCUCGAGCUUUUGGAGAUUUUUGUUUGAAAGAGUAUGGGGUCAUCUCUAUACCUGAAUUCUCUCACCGCACACUUACCGAUAGAGAUCAGUUCAUUGUUCUUGCUUCAGAUGGUGUUUUUGGGGGAUGUAUUGAGGCCAAUGAAGAAAAGGGGUUUGAGGAUAGUAAUCCUCAGGCCAAAUUCCAGGGGUUGCAAUCGGCUGCAAAAGAUUUUCCGUUAAGGAAAAAAAUUUGGGCUGCUUUUCGAAAAGGAAACUUGAAAUUACCCCAAACUUCAAAAAAGAUUGGACGACUGUGCAAGGUGGGGGGUUCUUGCUUGGUUUUUGGAUGGGAAAAAAACAAUGGGGGGGGGGGAACUCGGGAGUUCCGAUUAUUGGAAGGAGGGCCAUUGUUACUCAUUUCCGAAAAAAAAAAAACCCCUCCAAGAGGGCAAAAAAUUCAUUCUUGUUUACCGGCAAUGGAAUUCCAAGAUGAUUGGUUUUCAAGGAAAAAAAACUCCGAAACCAUCUUUUCUGCAGGGGAGGCAAACUUUUCCACGUGGAGGGAUCAUUCGGAAGAAAAACUGAAAACCACAUAGAAAAAAAAAUUGCUAAAAUGAUGGGGGGAAGGUAAUGGAAAGGGAAAAAAAAUUGUAGGGAGCUUUUGGAAAGACCAGGGGGAAAUGGUUCAGGUUUGGAGGUUGUACACGAAUGUGGAACUACCCACUUUGUUACAAAAAAAAAAUUCCAAGGGAUUUUUUUUUCUGGGGAGGAAAAGGUCACAACCAACUUGAGCUCCUUUUGAAUUGUUGAUUUUGCUGAGGAAAACUGCAAAUGUGAGGGGGCUUUUGUGGUGUGUUAAAUCUUUGGGGCUUUUAAAGCCCCUGUAAAAAACAAUCCCAAGGAAAGAAAUAAGGAGGGGAUCUUUCAGGGGUGGGUUUGGCCAUUUUGUUUUUGAAAGUUUGGAGCCCCCCAACUAAGCUCUUCUUUCUC